GUUUAAUUGUUUCCAUAGAAAACGAAUUCAAUUGCGUUACUGCUCAGAUAUCUUUUCGUAUAUCAAAUAAGAUUCUAUUCGUGAUGCCUAAUUUAUUGAUGUGUAUCCUUCCAUAUGAUGAACGAGUUCUCCUUGACGGAACUCAGAAACUAACCAAAAAACGAAGUAGCUAGUUUUGCUAAAUCGUUUUUUAUAAUUUCACUCUUCUCAAAACCGAUAAGCCGAUUCAUUUCACACCACUGCUAAUAAAAUUUGAGAGAAUUAAUCCACGCAGCCACAUGCUUGUGUCGCAAUCGUAAUCUUCAUUCUAACAUGAUCAAUUGAUUUUGAUCGGAUUUACAUCUUCAGUUUUCUUGUCUGAUGUCAAAACAUUUCUAGAAUAUCAGAAGAUGAUACGCUUCAACUCAUCUCGUACGCCUUCAACAUACCUGAGGAAGCAAUCAAUGAGUAUCUUCAGCUAUCUGUGGUUCAUAAUUGAUUUGAUGGUGAUGGUGGUGACUACAACUGUGAUCAUCGUUCUGUUCAUGAGAAAGUAUAAUUCAACAAAGUAAAUGUUUAAAUAUUAUUUUGGUUUACAGGAAUGAACUGCGCGAAUUUUUCAUGGGACGGUUCUAUUUGGUGUAUAUCAUUUUAUCAGUCGGCGUCUUCCUGUUCUCUCUGUCUGUAUUCGUGAAACAAAUCCGUUCGAAAUCUCUUCCUGUUUGCAUAAUGCUUGAAUUUACAGAUAUACUGUGGUCUGUGUGCUUGGCUGCUAACUUGCCAUCCUUCAACAUGAUGCUUGUAUUACUAUCACUGGCUCCGACAGUUGUGUUUACACUUCUGAUAGUCGUACUGGCUUUACAACUACCACCUUUUAAUCUGAAUGGAGUCGCACUCUUCGCUUCUGUAUCAGCCAUCUUUGCGAUGUUGUCAAUCAUCACGAAUGUUUGCAGUUACUUGAUCAUGAAAGGUGUUAUUCCAGUGGCGAGUACUCAGAUAAUCUGCAUUCUGGAAUUGAUUUUCACUGGGUUGUUCAUAAUCUUCGUGGCGUUCACUUGUCUAAGUGGCCGAGGAUUGAUGAUGUGGUGGUUCGGACCUAACAGCUUAGAGUGCAUUCUAGCCUUCGUCAUCUGGUUUCUCAUGAUGGGUCUGUUCUCACUAAUAUGUACGACCUUAAAAUCUUGCACAAAAUGGAACAUGGAACUGUCAUGUUCACCAUGAUUUUUUGCUUGCCUUUCUCUCUGAGUCUAAUAUGAGACAUUUAUGGACAAUUUUGACACAAAAAUUCACUACU